AUCAGGUGUGAUAACGAGGUAGAAAGCGGAGUUGAAAUCAGGUCCAGACUGGAGUCUCGAGGGUCUAGACUGGGUUCCAGGUCUUGCUGCUCUUGUUGUUCCUGUUUUCGGACCAUGUUGGUGUUUGUCUGGAUUUUCUGGAGAAUGUUCCAAGGUUCGCUUGGAGGUCCGGUUCCACGCCAGGUAUGGUCGGAGGAGGCGAAGUCCAUGAAUGCAGCACAGCUCGGAGCCUCCAGACCUUCAUUCUACCGCCUGCCCGUUUUCCUGCACGCGCCGGGGCCGCUCGUGCCACCGGAGCUGUUCCGGCCGGUUCCCAUCAAAACGGCUGUCCCCGCCGGACUCACUCCGCUGCUGAUUCCGUCCACAGAGCAGCGGGAGACCGGCCGAGACACGGGAGCGCGCGCUGUGGACGUCUGGUGCGAGAUGGACACGAUCACUGUGCGUGUGGACCGCUUCCAGCUCCGGGCCUGGACCGUCCCGACCCAGUUCCGACUGGGUUCUUGUGAGGCCAGCAGGGUGACCCCGCACUACCUUUUCUUCCAUUACAGCCUGAUGGAGUGUGGCGGAGACAUGAAGGUUGUUGGUGGUCAGCUGGUGUACACGUUCCUAAUGACCUAUGAUCCACCUCCACAAGACUUCGUCAUCCGAGUUUUCCCACUCCACCUUCCCAUCCAUUGCCAUUACAACAGGUUUCAUUACUCUUAUCAAGUCGGCUUCAGACCACAAAUUCAGCAAACCACUUUCCAGAAGAGUCUGAGAAGUAAGCUGAUGUUCAGCCUCACUGUCUGCAAUGCCCAGUGGGAACCCCUCCCUCCAGGCCACACCUUCUUUUUAGGAGAGCAGGUGUAUUUUCUGGCCCAGGCCGGAGUCCUGUUGGCUGGAGAGAGGCUUUAUGUGGACUGGUGUUACGCUACGAGCUAUGAGGAUUCCAGCAGCUCACCCAGAGUGGAUGUGAUCUCCAACCAUGGCUGCAUGAUGGACAGCAGGAGGGAGGGCAGCAGUUCCCAGUUCCUGUCAGGAGGGGGUGCUGUGCUGAUGUUCUCUGUUGAUGCCUUUCUGUUCAGAGGAGUCUCACAAGCCCAGUACCUCCACUGUUCAUUGUCUGUUGGUCUUGAAGCCACCCACACUGCAAAGUCCUGCAGCUAUAACAAGGCGACUGGCAGGUGGGAGGAGCUGGUGGCUUCAUCCUCUGUUUGCUCCUGCUGUGAUUCUCUGUGCGCUGAAGAACAGACCACUUUUAAGAACAGAGUCAGAAGUUCAGGCUGGUUUGUGGGACAAAAGGAUGAAGAGAAAAUAGAGCUGGAGGAGAGAGAUUUUCCAGCAGAGGAGGAGAAAAAACUGGUUGAUCAAAAAGAGGGGAGGAAAAACAGAAUGGAUCUGGAUCAUAAAGACCAGGAGACCAGGACUGGAAACCAGGAGGACGAAGAUGCUGCUACUAACAGAAAAGACUGGAAAAUGUCUGUGGUGGAGCAGCAGGAAACAGCGGAACAGGGAGGAGGUGAAGGCGUGGAGGAGUCAGCCAGCCAGCUGAAAGAGCCUCCAUCAUACGGAAUCAUGUCAGAUGAAAGUGGACCUCAGAAGUACCAAACUGCUCUAGAUGAAGACAGCGUCCCGUUUUUUAAGAGUUAUUUUGCCACCGGUUCAUCUGGGGAUGACGGAGGGGACGUUUCUGGUAUCCUCUCUGCUCCACAGACCAACCACAGCUCCACUGGUGACAUUUCCACGACUGCAACUACACCAGUCUGUUCCCAUGUCAGCUGUAGCUCUGCUAGAGGAGGAGUCCAGAGUGCAAGCGGUGGUUCUGGUACACAACAUCCUGUUCAAGCUGCUUCUGCUUCCAGAGGUUUUCCCCCUGCAAACGCUGAACCCGGCGGCCAUGUUUAUCCUAAGAAGGAUCAGACCAGAUCCAGUGGGGCUGACACAGCGUUCUGGUCCAAAUGGAUCCAGUGUGGUCAUAAACCAGCAUCUGACAACGCUGACACAUCAGAUGAAGACUCUGGAGGUUUGGAGUUCAAACACCUGAUCUGUGCAGUGGGAGAGUCUGGUUCUGGUUCACCCCAUCGGAAUCGGUCUAGUGGAGAAGGAAAAGCUCAAGAGGGAGUGUCCAGUUCAGAGGAGGUGCAGGAAACCCGCCGCGGCCACUCGGCUGUGGUGGUCACUACAAGCUGGCAGGACUCUGACAGGAACCAGAUGACUGAACUUGUACCAGAACUGGGCCUGCAGAGUCUGGGCUUUGUGGUGAUGCAGCCGGCUGAGGUGGACCGGGACCUGAGGCGUCGUCUGUUCUUCAGCCGUCUGGAUGGAGAGAAGCAGCGAUGGAAGGACUGAAGGACUCUGAGAUGAGACGUUUUAACUGGGACUGAGUGGAAAGCAUCACGUCUGACAUUGGAUCGGUACAUUCAAACUCACUUCUGAGCUGUUCCACAAAAUUCCUCAGCAUGCUCUAUAGUGUCGUCAUAGCAACCGUUGUAUACCCAAUAUGUCCAUGUUGAUGAAUGAACUCUGUCACCCAACCU